AUGGCGGACGACGCGAAAAGACUACCACUCCCAGUGGACAAUGUAGACAUGAAGAAAAGCCCAUCGGGUCGGGUGUCUGAUGAUGGCAUUAAGAGGACGCCCUCAGGAAAACCAAUACAAACGAUGUAUGUAUUAAACAGGAAAGGAGAAGAAGAAGAUAUUUCAUUCGAUCAGAUCUUGAAAAGGAUACAGAGGCUAUCAUAUGGAUUACACGAGUUGGUAGAUCCUGCUAGAGUAACCCAAGGAGUGAUAAACGGAAUGUAUAGCGGCAUUAAGACUUGUGAAUUGGAUGAGCUAGCUGCCCAAACAUGUGCAUACAUGGCGACGACACAUCCCGAUUUCUCCAUCCUGGCGGCGAGAAUUACUACAGAUAAUUUACACAAGAAUACCAGUGAUGAUAUAGGAGAAGUGGCAGAAGCGCUGUAUAUGUACAAAGAUGUUAGAGGAAGAUCUGCCAGUCUAAUUAGUAAGGAAGUGUAUGAGUUCAUGAUUCAACAUAAGGACAGACUGAACAAGGAAAUCGAUUACACACGAGAUUUUAACUAUGACUAUUUUGGAUUCAAGACUUUAGAAAGGUCAUACCUCCUUCGUAUUAAUGGAAAAAUAAUUGAGCGACCACAACAUCUGCUGAUGAGAGUAUCGAUUGGGAUCCACAUUGGUGAUUUGGAAAAGGCAUUAGAGACAUACCAUUUGAUGUCACAAAAGUAUUUCACACAUGCUACACCUACCUUGUUCAAUUCUGGUACGCCCAGGCCACAAAUGUCUUCCUGUUUUCUCCUCUGCAUGAAAUCUGACUCGAUUGAAGGUAUAUUUGAAACACUAAAGCAAUGUGCGUUAAUUAGCAAGACAGCUGGUGGGAUAGGAGUAGCAGUACAAGAUAUUAGAGGACAAAAUUCAUAUAUUAGAGGAACAAAUGGAAUAUCCAAUGGGCUAGUACCAAUGCUUAGGGUAUUUAAUGAUACAGCUAGGUAUGUGGAUCAAGGAGGAGGAAAGAGAAAGGGGUCUUUUGCAGUUUAUAUUGAACCAUGGCAUUCAGACAUUUUUGAAUUUUUAGAUUUAAGAAAAAAUCAUGGUAAGGAAGAACUUCGAGCUCGAGAUCUUUUUUAUGCUGUGUGGGUACCUGACUUGUUUAUGAAGAGAGUGAAGGAAAAUCAAAAUUGGACUCUCAUGUGCCCAAAUGAAUGUCCAGGGUUAAGUGAGUCAUGGGGAGAAGAAUUCGAAAAACUCUACUUAAAAUAUGAAGAAGAAAAUAUGGGGAAAAAAACGGUGCUGGCACAAGAUUUAUGGUUUGCCAUUUUACAAAGUCAAAUAGAAACUGGUGUUCCUUACAUGUUGUAUAAGGAUUCUUGUAAUGCUAAAUCGAAUCAGAAGAAUCUGGGUACCAUCAAAUGUAGUAACUUGUGUUGUGAGAUUAUUGAAUAUACAUCUCCUGAUGAAGUGGCUGUGUGUAAUUUGGCUUCCAUCGCCUUGUGCAAAUUUGUAAAUGUGGAAAAAAGAGAAUUCAAUUUUAACAAGCUUUACGAAAUUACCAAAAUUAUUACUCGUAAUUUAGAUCAAAUAAUCGAACGAAAUUACUACCCUGUGAAGGAAGCUGAGAGGUCCAAUAAGAGACACAGACCCAUAGGGAUAGGAGUACAGGGGUUGGCGGACACCUUUAUGCUACUCAGAUAUCCAUAUGAAUCUGACUCUGCAAAAGAAUUAAAUAAAAGAAUUUUCGAAACCAUGUAUUAUGCUGCAUUGGAAAUGUCCAUGGAAUUGGCACAAGUGUAUGGACCUUAUGAAACGUAUCCUGGAAGUCCAGCUAGCCAAGGAAUUCUUCAAUUUGACAUGUGGAAUGUGAAGGUGGAUAAUAAGUAUUGGGACUGGGAUAAACUCAAGGCACAAAUAAAGAAACACGGAUUGAGGAAUUCUCUCUUGCUUGCUCCAAUGCCUACUGCUUCCACGUCACAGAUCCUGGGCAACAAUGAAUCUUUUGAGCCAUACACAAGUAAUAUUUAUUAUAGGAGGGUGUUGAGUGGAGAGUUCUUUGUAGUGAACCCCCACCUACUUAAGGACCUGUUCGAUCGUGGUCUUUGGGAUGAAGACAUGAAACAGCAGCUCAUUGCGCAUAAUGGAAGCGUGCAGUAUAUCAGCGAGAUACCUAGCGACUUGAAGGAACUCUACAAAACGGUGUGGGAGAUCAAGCAAAAGAACAUCAUCGAUAUGGCGGCCGACCGGGGCGCCUUCAUUGACCAGUCCCAAUCGCUGAACAUCUACAUCCAGAAGCCCACCUUCGCGAAGCUCUCCAGUAUGCACUUCUACGGAUGGGAGAAGGGGCUGAAGACAGGCGCGUACUACCUCAGAACGCAGGCCGCCACGGAUGCCAUAAAAUUCACAGUAGACACACAGGUGGCCAAAAAUGCAGCCAAGAUGAAGAACGAAGAGGGAGUAACCAUCACAAGGGAGGUGUCCAGGGAGACCAUUUCUACUGAAUCCACCGUCACACAAAAUGUCGUGUGUCCACUGCGUCGCAAUAAGGACGACCAGUGCUUGAUGUGCUCGGGUUGA